UGUGCUGCUUUUUUCCCAGUGCUUUUUCUAAAAGGUGGUUGAACAGGAUGUUUGGGGGAAAUGUGACAUUGUUGGGUUUUGGCAUUCCAGGAGAGCUUGAAGUGGAUCCAGCAUAUUGUCUUAUGCAUUCCCUUCUGCACUGAAUGUCAGGAGUAAUUCAUGUUGUUGACAGCUAUGUCAACAUGUGAAACUGAAUGAAGGACAGGAACUAAACAAAAAGCUAAUAAUAGAAGAGGAAGAAAGUGAGAAGUGAACACUUCAUUGGUAAACUUUCUUGCUGUCACGAGUAAGAGGGUCAAAUAGUGCAGCCUGUCCUUAUCUGUUACCACAAGCGCCUUCUUGUUGGCAACGUUCAAGAGCUGUUUGUACAUCUCUGUGCGUUUUGUGAGUAUGGGAAAGAAGCAAUUUACCCAAGAAACACGCACAGUGGAUUUAUGUAGAGGCAUACAAAAGUCACUUUGAUUCAUCGCCAUUUGUCUAAUUAUUUACCCUACUUUAACCUUAUGCUUCCAAAAACUCUAUUAAGUAUGGUCUCACUUGUACCGAUUGCAAGCAUUAAAUAUGUGGUUUGUCUGCCAGGCAAUAUGAGGCAUUACGUUAGUUGUUUUUUGAUGCGUCUUCUGCGGCGGAAGAGUCACUUCUGUUGGUUCAGUGAUUACCACAGUACGUAUCCUGUGAUAAACUAUCUGGCAACUCCAGUACAGGCUGUUGAAGAAACAUUUAUUGUAUUUUGAGACAUGCAUAGUCAUCCCUGUUUUGGCCUCUAACAGGUUAUGGGCUUUACUCCUUAUUCUUCCCUAGUGAAGCUGAUGAACAAGUUAAUCGGAAAGCCAGCUUGUGAGAAACAGUUUGUGGUACUGGAGGAUGUGAAUUCUGGAGUGCUGUGUUACUGCCCAAGUGUGUUGUGUACUGCUAGCGGAAAUCGGAGAAUACAUCUCGCAUUUCGUUGUGUGUUGGUAAAUCUAACAGUUUAUAUCACGCAGGUAUGGAGCGGCUGCUAAAUAUGGGACAAGCAUAUGUAAGAGGAUCUUUAUUAGUAGAGAAUAUGAUACAGCCCUUCUGUGUCCUGAAGACAACAUUCAGCUAUCAGUAUUUCUUCACCAUUGUAAAUAGACAAUUUUAGUAAAGAGGUUUACCUUUAAUUUGGCUCUUUCUAAGUGUUAAACCUGUUUGUUUUACUUGUGAUUUGGUGUAGGCUGUGUAAAACACAUCAGUAUCCUUAACUAUUAGUAUGUUUUGUGUUGAUUUUUUUAGGUGGCCUGGCAGUACACAGAUCUGGUACAUUUUGUGUUUAUCUGAAUUGUUACAUAAAUGAAAAUAUUUUCUCUUAUCAGAAGUAAAAUGCUUUCUAUGGAGACUUCUGCUUCUGAUGCCAGGACUCUCUUGAAAACUUACUUUGUUGCUUGGCUUAAAGGAAGAUGAUGUCAUUAAUGAAUUCUGAGCAUCCUUCAGGAGGCUGGUGACCCUUCUAUCAUUGGUGAAUGCUGUCAUGGACAACUACAAAGGCUCUUUUCCAAAACACCACAAGCAGUUAGUGCACCUUACGAAGGACUCCUGACCUUUCUCAUCUUCCUAAGUCAUACAUAGAUGUCACCAGUGUUUCCCAUGUUAACAGUUCUGAGCAUGUUUUACUAUAUGUGCCUUCGGCGCCGAGCUAGGACAGCGACGAGAGGAGAAAUGAACAGCCGGAGGGCUAUUGAAUCAAACACCCGAGCCUUACCUAUCAACGUUGAAAUAGUUCAGUAUGCCAAAGAAGUGCUGGAUUUCAGCUCUCACUAUGGUAGUGAAAACAGCAUGUCCUAUACCAUGUGGAACCUAGCAGGUAUUCCAAAUGUGUACCCUAGUUCUGGUGACUUUACUCAGACAGCCGUCUUUCGAACUUACGGGACCUGGUGGGAUCGCUGCCCUAGUGCUCGGCUGCCCUUCACGAGGACGCCACCCACCUUCUGUAGCCAGGACUAUGUAGAACUUGCUUAUGAGGAACCAGUUUAUCCCACUGCAGUGCACAUUCUGGAAACAUAUCAUCCGGGAGCUGUGGUCAGGAUUUUGGCAUGCUCUGCAAAUCCUUACUCACAAAAUCCACCAGCUGAAGUAAGAAGACUUCUGCAGGCCUCCCGUUCAGCUGUAAGAUGGGAAAUCCUUUGGUCUGAGGCACCUACAAAGGUGAAUGGUCCUCAGGCUCGGCAGUUCACACCUUGUAUCAAACAGAUAAACUUUCCCACAAACUUAAUCCGACUAGAAGUGAACAGCUCUCUUCUGGACUAUUACACUGAAUUGGAUGCAGUAGUACUACAUGGUGUGAAGGAGAGACCUGUGCUUUCGCUUAAGGCUUCGAUGAUUGAUAUGAAUGAUAUUGAUGAAGAUGAGGAUGAAGAAAAAUAUGGCUGUGGAAUGGACACCCUUAAUAAGCAGUUCAGCGUUGUUACCCUCAGGGAAUGGCCGACUAACGGAUAUUUUGAUAAAUUGCCUUAUGAGCUCAUCCAGUUGAUUUUGAGUCACCUUACAGUACCAGACCUGUGUAGACUAGCGCAAACUUGUAAGCUGCUAUAUCAACAUUGCUGUGAUCCUCUACAGUACAUUCAUCUCAGUUUACAACCUUACUGGGCAAGGAUUAAUGACACAUCUCUGGAAUACCUACAGUCUCGCUGCACUCUCAUCCAGUGGCUGAAUUUAUCUUGGACUGGAAACAGGGGAGCCAUCUCUGUUUCUGGAUUUAGCAGGUUCUUGAAAGUUUGUGGCUCUGAACUAGUACGUCUAGAGUUGUCUUGUGGCCAUUUCCUCAAUGAAACAUGCUUGGAGGUCAUUACUGAAAUGUGUCCAAAUCUUCAGGAAUUAAAUCUCUCAUCAUGUGAUAAAAUACCACCUCAGGCUUUCAACCACAUAGCCAAAGUGGGCAGCCUAAAACGUCUCAUUCUCUACCGAACAAAAGUGGAGCAAACAGCCCUGCUCAGUAUUCUGAACUUCUGCUCGGAGCUGCAGCACCUCAGCCUGGGCAGCUGCGUCAUGAUUGAAGACUAUGAUCUUAUAGCAAGCAUGAUGGGAGCAAAAUGCAAAAAGCUUCGCAGUCUGGACUUGUGGAGAUGUAAAAACAUAACUGAAAAUGGAAUAGCAGAAUUGGCUUCAGGCUGCCAGCUUUUGGAAGAACUUGAUCUUGGCUGGUGCCCUACGUUACAGAGCAGUACGGGCUGUUUCACAAACCUUGCACGUAAACUCCCAAACUUGCAAAAGCUCUUUCUUACAGCCAACAGGUCUGUGUGUGACACAGACAUUGAGGAGCUUGCAGCAAGCUGUACGCGUUUACGGCAACUGGAUAUACUGGGGACGAGGAUGGUAAGCCCUGCAUCUUUAAGAAAAUUGCUGGAGUCUUGUAAAGAUCUUUCUUUACUCGAUGUGUCCUUCUGUUCACAGAUUGAUAAUAGAGUUGUCCUAGAACUGAAUGCCAACUUCCCUAAUGUGUUCAUAAAAAAGAGUUUCACCCAGUGACUCCCUACAUAUGCUGCUGUGGAAUUUGUUUGACAGAGUUGUUUCCUGUGAAUUUGUGCUGACUUUUUUUGAGAAGAAUAUAAAUCCCCUAUGAAAUAGUGGAAAGUAUUCAUUAUCUACACAAAUGGGUAAAAUACGUUUAAAUAUAUUAUGCAUUUCUUAAAGAGUCGAUAUUGUACCUAAGAAUUGUUUUACUCUGUGUUAAUUGGUGGCACUGCAUGUUUUUAAAUACCAGCCAUAUGUGUGGCUUUAAUGAGAAGAAAAUUAAUAGUGUCUUCUUAGAUGUCCCUUUAUAGGGUCUUACACAAAAUAAGCUAUGUUAAUAUCCAGGUGAAAGCAGAAGUUCAAUAUUUAGCAGUAAGAAAGAGACGGGUGCUUCCUCUUUAUGUAUAUGUGUUUGUGUGUGUAUAUAUAGAUGUAUACAGAUCUAUUUGUAUAUACAUACACAGAUACUGUAGCAUUCUAGUUUGGCCUGCAACAUGAGAUCUUAUGAUCUGGCCUAUAAUCAGUUGUUUGAAAACCUGUUUAAGCUUGUAUAAGAAUGGAUUGAAAAGACACUUUGUCGUCUUUGGGUUUUUUGGCAAUGAAUUCUGCCUGAUACAUUUUUUCUUCCUUCCUCCACCUGAAAUAGAUGUAGUGAUGUUUUACAGUCCAGCCUAAGUGACACAACAGAUAAAUGCAAGAGCCUUUCACCUGAACUUAGAGCAGAAACAAAAGAGAAAAUUGGCAUCUGCUUCUUGGUAUUGGAUAUAAAGUUUGAGUCAGGUACUUAGUGUUGUAACUGGUAAUGUGUAGAAAACUCCAGAGCAAUUUUCUUUUCAAAUUUCUGUCAUGGUCAAGACUUGAUUUGUGAUACAUCUGGUUAUCAUGCAGAGUACCAUAAAAAAUAGAACUUACGGUAAUGCAUUAGCAACUGUCCCUUACACUGGCAUCAAAUCUACUGUCAAGUGUAAAACCAAACAUCUUUGUUCAGUAAAACAGCAAUGAAAAUAUAGUAGGUUUGAAACAAGGGCAAUAUGAUUUGGUGAUUUAAUAAUCACCCAACCUUAGUAUUGUAUUUGUUUUGGUUUGGGGUUUUUUGUUUUUCCAAGAGGUGAUGGGUCAAAGUACUAUUGCACUCUCUCUUUUUAACACUGAUGGACAAAUUCUAGAGGUUUCUUCCUUUUGCACUUCCUUGGAUGAAGUUUUUAUCUCUUUUUUUUUUUUUCUUGUAUGUUGUUAUGUACAGCUUCAGUUUAGAAUUUUACCUUUUAGCUAUUGUUGAUGAAUAUGGACCAUGAAAUAUAGCCUGUCAUUUGAUAUUGGUUCCACUGUUCUUGUAUUGAUGGCACUUAUUACCUACUGGAAUAAGAAGAAAAAUAUUUUGUCUGGCGAAGUACAUUACUGCAAAGAAGAGCACUGGCAAAGAAUACCAGUUUAUGCAGUAAAUAACCGACCGCUACUAGAGGACUGCUACGAAUCAUUAAAGAUUUGAUGAUCUCUGUGACUCCUGAAUGAACACUUUGAACUCUUUGUGCUGGUGCCAAUACUUUAUAAACCAUGUCAUGAAACAGCUACAGAACAUUUAUCUGAUUUUAUAGAAAGACCUUUCUCUUCAGGUUUUUAAAUUUUACAGAAUCUUUUGGGAAUUCCAGAUCCAAAGAAGGGCAUGCAGAGUUGGCUUUUUGAUUUUUUCCUCCACACAGAUGGCACUAUGGGAUUUCCAACUAGAUUAUGCCAUUCCUUUUUUU